AUGGCUUCCGACACUGCUUCCGAGCCGCGGCAAGCGACCCGCGAGGAGAUGCGCGAUGCCCGUCUCCCCAUCGCCUACCGAGACAGCUGCGCCCACCUCCUGAUCCCCCUCAACAAGUGCCGAAGGGAUACGUGGUACGCUCCUUGGAAGUGCACGCCACGGGAUGGUCAGGACGAGCGACACGGUUACGAGAAGUGCCAAUACGUCGAAUUCAAGAAGCGAGUCGCCAAGAUGGACGAGUUGAGGGAGUCGAAGGACGGCGCGCGAUCCAACUAG